AUGAACAAAGUUUUGAAAUCUCAUAAACACAACAUCUCCGAUAUAAAUGAACUUCAAACUUCUUUAGACAGUAAAGCUGACAAGAACCAUACACAUAAAUCCUUCACUACUGUUAGAGCAGACGACAUAAUAUUGAACUUUGACCUUGGUUCAAGUGCACCAUUAGAAAAUCCAAGUACAAGCGUAAAAGAUACUCUUAACAGUUUAGAUAAGAGUUGCAGGAAUAUUGAAAGUCAUGUCAGAAACUUUGAAACACAUGAACUACCAGCAAUGUUAGAUAAGAAAGCAGAUAAGAACCAUACACAUGAUUUCUUCACAACUGUUGGUAUAGAAAGUAUUGAAGGAACGGUUGAAGGAACUG